UCAAGGACCUCUUCCUUGAUUUUAUUUUAUUUUAUAAGAUUAAAAUCUUCAUUCUAUUAGUCUAGGUUGUUAAAGGCGCGCCUGAGGCGUCAGGCGCACAAGGCGCUGAGAAAAGCGCCUUCUACAGCGCAAGGCGAGCGUUGUUCGCCAGGCGCGCGCCUAGGCGCGCCUGGGCACACCUAGGGCGCUGUCGCGCCUCACAGAAGGCGCGAUCGUAGGGCAUCGCGCGAUCGUAGGGCAUCGCGCGAUCGUAGGGCAUCGCGCGAUCCUUCCCAUUCACGAUUUCUAACCAAAAAACCAUUUCAAACCUAAUUUGGUUUGGAAUUAGGGCAUGGAGAAGAAAAGAGAAGAAAAUAACGGAAGGAGAAGAAGAAAUCUUGCAGAAGAGUCGCGCCAUCCUCCACUGCCGCCGCCGCUGCUAAGUUGCUUCCGUCGCUGCCCAGCAAGACAGCAGACAGCAGACAGCAGACAGCAGCAGUUUUCUUUUUUGUUUUUUCCCUUCCCGUUGAUAGCAAGGCAGCAUCAGUUUUCUGUUUUAUUUUUUUCCCUUGUGAUGCAGUCCCGUUGACAACUGCUGCUGUGAUGCUAUGCUGCCCCGUUUCUGCUGCUGCUGUGAUGCUAUGCUGUCCCGUUUUUUUUUUUUUUUUUUAAUUUUGCUGUUUUCUUUUUGUUUUUUUUGUUUUUUGUUGCUGGGACUGUAAAAACCUGCUGCUGCUGUGAAAACUGCGAUGUUGUCCCUAUUUGCUGGUAAAUUUAGCCAAUUAAAACAAUGUGCUUGUUGGUAAUGUGAUGUGCAAAUAUUUUCUCUCCCUUUUUGCAUAAUCAAUUCAAGCCUGUGAUGUUGUCCCUAUUUUUCUUUUUAUUUUCCUAUUUUUCUAUUGCUGGUACCAGUGGUACAGUACUUUUCUAUUAUUGUUGAUACUUGAUACUAGGUACAGUAGUUUACCAUUCCAUUAAUUCAUUAAUUUUUUUAUUUUGUUUUUAAUUUUUUAGGUUAUUUUCUUGUUCAAUUAUCAUGGAAGGUAGUAGUGAUACUCCAACAUAUAUAUCAAAAGAUCCGGCAUAAAAUUAUUUUCAAAGAGUUAAUCCGAAUAACAAAAAUAAUUUGAUUUGUAACUUUUGUCAAAAAGUUACAAAAGGAGGUAUCUAUCGUGCAAAACAGCAUCUUGUUGGAGGGUUUCGAAAUACUACGACUUGCAAGAAAUGUCUGCCUCAUGUACGUGAAGAAAUAAAAAAUUUCAUGGAGAAAAAGGCGGAGAAAAUCAAUCUUUCUAAACUUGCGAUAUUAGAUUUUGAGGAUGUAGACCCUCUUGGUGAUGAUAUUGAUAUGGAUGAUAUUGAAGCUAAAGCUGUACCACCUAUAAGUACAACUACAAGUUCUAGAUCAGUGAAUAUACAAAAAAGGCCAAGACAAAUAGGUCCAAUGGAUACAUAUUUUGCUCCUAAUGUGCAAAAAAAUGUUGAAAGUAAAAAGGGUAAAGAGAGGCAAACUACGAUAAAUGAGGCAUACAAGAAAGAAUUGAGAGAAAAAACUUGUAUGACUAUAACUGAGUGGAUGUAUGAUGCGGCAAUUCCUUUUAAUGCCGUUAAUUAUUCAAGCUUCAAAAGGAUGUUGGACUUGGUUGGCCAAUGUGGUGUAGGUCUAAAAGGACCUAGUUAUCAUGAGGUGCAGAUUCCUUUUCUAAAAAAGGCUGUUGAUAAUGUGACUAAUGAUUACAUUAAGUCGUGUGAAACAGAAUGGGCAAAGUAUGGUUGUAGUUUGAUGGCAGAUGGGUGGACAGACAAAAGGCAGAGGACAUUGAUUAAUUUUUUAGUGAAUUCUCUUAAAGGUUCAGUUUUCAUCGAAUCGGUUGAUGCUUCUGAUUAUGCAAAAACUGGAGAGAAAAUAUUUCAGUUGCUUGAUCGAUUUGUGGAGCGUGUAGGAGAAGUAAAUGUUAUUCAAGUUGUAACGGCUAGUGCAAGUAACAAUGUGCUUGCUGGUAAGAAUCUAUUUAAUUUUUUCUUAUCAAUAUGCUUUUUCUUAUAUAUGUUAAAAUUAUCUACUUUUCUAAAUUCUUUUGUAGGAAAAUUAUUAGAAGCAAAAAGGCCACACUUGUAUUGGACUCCUUGUGCUGCUCACUGCGUCGACUUGAUCUUAGAAGAUAUUGGGCAAUUGCCUGAUUUUAAAGCAACAUUGAAGAAGACAAUGAGUGUGAAUGCUUACAUUUAUGUUCGCCCCGGCAUGGUAAAUAUGUUGAGGCAAUUCACAAGACAAAAAGAGCUUUGUCGGGCGGGUGUCACAAGAUUUGCUAUUACUUUUCUCACUCUUGAAAGGAUGCACCUACAGAAGCAAAAUUUAAGAAAAAUGUUCAUUUCAAAGGAUUGGACAGAGAGUAAAUGGGCAAAAGAAGCGGCAGGGAAGAAGGUAGCUAAAAUCAUCAUGACACUUAGAUUUUGGAGCAGUAUUGUGCAUAUUUUAAAGAUAUAUGGCCCUUUAGUCCGUGUUCUGAGACUGGUUGAUGGCGAAAGAAAACCUGCAAUGAGCUAUAUUUAUGAGGCUAUGGAUAGAGCAAAAGAAACAAUUAUGAAGGCCUUUAAGGAGAAAGAAGAGAAAUACAAAGAAGUGUUUGAGAUCAUUGAUAAGAGAUGGGAAUGCCAACUUCAUCGGCCUCUGCAUGCUGCAGGACAUUAUUUGAAUCCAGAAUAUUUUUAUUCAUACACAGAUUCAAAUAUCUGUGGAGAAGUGGUGAAUAGUUUGUUUGAAACUAUGGAGAGAUUGGUUUCAAACGCUGUCGAGCAAGAUAAAAUCACUGCCCAGCUCUCUAUAUAUCGAAAGGCAGAAGGGCUAUUUGGGAGAAAUGUGGCAAUUAGACAUAGAAGAACAUUAUCUCCAGCAGAAUAGUGGGAAUGCUACAGAGCAAAUAUCCCAGAAUUACAAAAGUUUGCUAUUAAAGUGCUUAGCCUCACUUGUAGUGCUUCUGGUUGUGAGCGCAAUUGGAGUGUAUUUGAGCAGGUAUGUAAUAAAUAUAAAUGUUUGAUACUAUUAGUAUGCUACUUUUAUAAGUAGAAAAUAUUCUUUGAUAUUUUAUUAUACUUAUUGUGAUUUUUGACAUUUUGUAGA